AUGCUCCACCACGGUGGAGUCCACCAAUGGGACCUCACACUCCCAGAAGCUCAAUCCGCACUUUUCGUCCGUCCCCUCUUCCCUCCUAUCAAUCUCUACCCUUCAACCCCUGCUUCCAUCUCACUAACAACAUCAGUGGUUCAACAUAACCUCAAUCGAAUACGGAAUCUGCAUGUUAACCUGCAAACUCACCAUCCUAACCAUCUACCGGCGCGUCUUCCUCCCACACCACAAGACUCAAAAAUCGUAUUUCCACCUCAUCCUCCGCGUCCUCGAAGCCAUCCUCAUCGCUUUCUACUUCUCCAUCACGGUCGUCAAGAUCUUCGAAUGCAACCCCCGAGAAAGAAUCUGGAAGAGGAGUCUACCGGGCACGUGUAUCAAUAUCAAUGCGAUGUUGAAUAGUAGCGGGAUGUUUAAUUUUAUCACGGAUGUGCUGAUCUUGUUGGUGCCCGUGAAGAGUGUGUGGGGGUUGAAUAUGAGCAGGGGGAAGAAGGUGAGGGUUGUGGCGGUUUUUACGUUUGGGUUGAUGUAUGUUUGCCUUUUUCCUGGUUCUUCUUGCAUUGAGUUUUACAUCACGGUUACGCUAAUUCUUUUUCAAGUGCACCGGUGUUUAGUAUGAUAGGUUUUCUCGCCCGAGAAUCCAUUGCAAAAUCUCCGGAUGUGACAUACAACCAACCACUUGCUCUUUUAUGGGCGUAAGUCCACAGGAAUUUCUCUCUUUCCAUUUAUUUUCUAGGCUAACAUCCCUCAGAGCCGCAGAAAUCACCACGGGCGUAAUAUGCAUCUGCCUCCCUCCUCUCUCAAUCCUCUUCCACCGCCAAAAGGCCCCCCGCGGUCCCACACAAAGUAUUAUCAACGGCGUCUCAAAUCGUUCCAAUAAACUUAACUCCGCAACCAGAGCCUCGAGACGGAAGGGAACCCUAAAUAUUGAUGAUGAUGACUUGCUUGAGAGUGGGUAUCUUGAGUUGCAGGAUGGCUGUGUGCAUGAGGGACGAGGCCCAGAGAUGGGGAUAGGUGAUGGGAAGGAGAGGAUGGGGGAAAAUGGAUGGAGGGUGACGGAGGUCAGUGCUGGUGGGAAGCGUGAAGGGGAUGGUGAAGGGAUAGGAGGUAGGGGAGGGAGGGAUGGAAAGGAUAUCGUGAAGACGGUUAGGGUGGAGUGUUCUUAUGAGUAA